AGCAUCGCAGCCUUAAGGAUCCCGACACCGUUGCAACUGCUUUGACCUUUUGGAUAUCUCCAGCUUGUCCUAGUUUCUUGUUUGGACACUGCUGUUUAUUGUCUCUGUCUAUCUUGCGAUCAGUGUGCCUGGUGCCCUCUGCGCACUGCCAUUUUCGUUUCCUCUUGGCCCAUUGUUUUCACGAGGGGCCCUCCUUGCUUCUGACGACCGGCAAGAUGGCAACUGGCAGCCAUAUGCAUAAUUUAACCACCCUUAUCAAGCGGCUGGAAGCCGCGACCUCCCGCCUGGAGGAUAUGGCCAUGUCCGUCGAUGACCAUAAUGUGCACAAGGGCCUAGAUAGCCCAGCUACGCUGGAGCCACAGUCUCCUGAGCGACCUACACCGGCGCCCGCCACAGCUCCCGCAGCUCCUGCAGCUCCUCCCCUUCCAACCCAGAUUGCGGACUUCGACACAUUGAUCAACGAGGAUGUUGGAAAUUUCGUGGACUUGGGAAAGAAGAUUGGAGGUCUCGUUGAAGAACAGUCUCAAGCUGUUCUCCAAGCUUUCAAGGCCGAGCGCACCUACCUUUACGUUUCCACAAAGGCGAAGAAACCGGACAUGCAGCCCCCCGAGCUUAUGACUGAACUUCAUAAUGCGUCCGAUUCUAUCAACAAUAUCCGCGAAUCCAACAGGGAUUCUCCUCUCUUCAACCACCUCAGCGCGGUCGCUGAAGGCAUCGUUACCCUCGGCUGGUUUUUUGAGCCCACUCCCGCCGAUUUCGUCAGCGACGUCGUUGGAGGCAUUCAAUACUACGGCAAUAAGGUGUUGAAGGAAUACAAGGAGAAGGAUCGUACGCAUCUCCAGUAUAUCCAAGCAUACUAUCAGAUCUUCAAGUCGCUUGCCGCAUAUCUCCGGAAGCAUUACCCCAAGGGUCUGACCUGGAAUGAUAAAGACGGGAUCGAUGCACAGGAGGCCCUGCGACAGGUUAAAAGUAGCUCUGGCACUCCCGGUGCAGUUGCUGCUCCACCUCUACCCCCAGUGCCAACUCUGAAUGUACCUGGCGGUGCUCCUCCUCCGCCACCACCACCACCACCACCUCCUCCCCCCCCAAUGAUCCCUGAGCAAGAAAGCUCAUCCUCGGACAUGUCCGCUGUGUUUGCCCAGCUGAACCAAGGGGACGCCGUUACCUCGGGCCUCCGCAAGGUCGACAAGUCCGAGAUGACACACAAGAACCCCAACCUGCGCGCCAGCUCCAUCGUCCCCGGGAGCCCAAGCACGCGGUCCAAGUCUCCCGCACCAAGCAAAAAGCCCAAGCCAGAGAACAUGCGCGUGCGCAAGCCCCCCCGUAAGGACCUCGAGGGCACCAAGUGGCUCGUCGAGAACUUUGAAAACCCAGGAGGGAUUGUCGAGAUCCCCGCGAAACAGAACCAAUCCAUCCUCAUCUCGCGGUGCAACAAGACCAUCAUCAAGGUCUCCAGCAAGGCUAAUGCAAUUGCCAUCGACAACUGUAGCGGCCUUUCCAUCAUCGUAGACUCCCUUGUCAGCAGUCUCGACGUCGUCAAGUGUACCAAGUUCGCCCUGCAGAUCGACGGCAUGGUCCCUACUCUGCUGCUCGACCAGGUCGAUGGCGCAACCAUCUACCUCGGCCAGCAAAGUCUGGGCACCGAGGUCUUCUCGAGCAAGUGCACCGCCGUCAACAUCAUGCUGCUCCCCAAGGAAGGAACCGACGAAGACACCAAGGAGUGCCCUGUUCCCGAACAGAUCAAGACUUACAUCAAGGACGGUGUUCUCUGCAACGAAAUUGUCGAGCACGCGGGUUAGUUUGGAGCUCGUCCAUUUUGGGAUGUAUUUUGCCCGUGAGUUGAGUUGCGCCGGGCAAUCAAUUUAUUAACUCAAUACUUAAUCAUUGCUGGCUUAGGCGAAGUACCAAGCGUUUUCGUUGGCUAGUCCUAUGUCUCCUACAGCGGUAUGCAGAUAGAUAGAUCUACCCUAGUUCGAAUUCAUAUAUAAACCUCUCCGCAUUUUUAUUUCUUUCUUUCUUUCUUUCUUUCUUUCUUUUUGAAGGCUUAUUCUUGCCAGCUGCUGUACAUACAUACCUAUAAACUUAGUACGUAUUCCUAGAAACUCUAGGAAAGGUGGUUGGUUACACACACACACACACAUAUAUAUAUA